CACACACACACACACACACACACACACACACACACACACUGGUUACACACACAAUCUACAGCCUAUUUACACACACUGUUCUCUGCAGGAUUUAGUCCUUGUCUGAGUGUGUUUGGUCAGUGUGGCGCUUUCCCCUUGGUUGGAUCUUCCUCUCAUCAUCGUCAGCAUGAUUAUCAGCAUCGCUUUGAUCUGGGCCGUCCUGGUGGGCUUCUGCUGCCUGCUGUGGCUUGCUGUGGGAACACGCCGCAGGCAACCAGGUGAGCCUGCCGUGGAGAACGGUUUCAUCCCGUACCUGGGGUGUGCUUUGCAGUUCGGGGCCAACCCUCUCCAGUUCCUCCGCAGCCGCCAGAACAAAUACGGACACAUCUUUACCUGCAAGAUCGCCGGCCAGUACAUCCACUUCCUGUGUGACCCAUUUUCCUACCACUCGGUCAUCAGACAGGGCAGACACCUUGACUGGAGGAAGUUCCACUUCGCCACCUCUGUCAAGGCAUUCGGCCAUGACAGCUUCGACCCUCGACACGGUCACACCACGGAGAACCUCCACCAGACUUUCCUGAAGACCCUGCAGGGGGAGGCUCUGCCCUCCCUCAUAGAGUCCAUGAUGGGCCACUUGCAGGACGUCAUGCUGAAGUCAGACACACUCAGUCCCAGCAAGGACACCUGGGAGGUGGACGGCAUCUUUGCCUUCUGCUACAAGGUGAUGUUUGAGUCUGGAUAUCUUACCCUGUUCGGUAAAGAGUUUGGUGAUGAUAAGUGUCAGGCUCGGCAGGAGGCUCAGAAAGCUCUGGUUCUGAAUGCUUCAGAGAACUUCAAAGAGUUUGAUAAGAUCUUCCCAGCGUUAGUGGCCGGUCUGCCCAUCCACGUCUUCAAGAGCGCCUACAGCGCCAGAGAGAACCUGGCAAAGACCAUGCAUGCUGAAAACCUGUCAAAGAGAGAGAACAUGUCUGACCUGAUCUCUAUGAGGAUGCUUCUCAACGAUUCUUUAUCCACCUUUAAUGAUAUAAGCAAAGCCAGGACACACGUAGCUCUGCUGUGGGCUUCACAGGCCAACACCUUGCCCGCCACCUUCUGGAGCCUCUUCUACAUGAUCAGGAGUCCAGAUGCUAUGAAAGCAGCUCGUGAGGAAGUGCAGAAAGUUCUGGAGGUUUCCGGUCAGAAGGUCAACCCCAGUAACCCUACACUGAACCUGAGCAGAGAGCAGCUGGACAACUUGCCUGUUCUGGACAGCAUCAUUAAAGAAGCCAUGCGGCUCUCAAGCGCCUCCAUGAACGUACGCAUUGCCAAGGAGGACUUCCUGCUUCACCUUGACAACCAGGAAGCUUACCGUAUAAGGAAAGAUGAUGUGAUAGCCCUGUAUCCUCCCAUGCUGCACUUUGACCCGGAGAUCUACGAGGAUCCAUAUGAGUACAAGUUUGACCGUUUCCUGGACGAGAAGGGUCAGGAGAAGACCACCUUCUACCGCGGCGGGCGCCGCCUGCGCUACUUCUACAUGCCGUUCGGCUCAGGGGUCACCAAAUGUCCGGGCAGGUUCUUCGCAGUGCACGAGAUCAAACAGUUCCUGACUCUGGUGCUUAGUUAUUUCGAGAUGGAGCUGUUAGACCCAGCCACCAAAGUCCCUCCUCUGGACCAGAGCCGAGCCGGUCUGGGGAUCCUGCAGCCCACAUAUGAUGUUGACUUCAGGUACAAGCUGAAAGCCAACCACUAGACUGUGUCAGAGACUGAAGGACAAACUGUACAAAGUGUAUAUUUAAUGAAGAUAAUGUAAAUAGACAAAACUAUUUAUAGAUACUUUAUAGAUAAAUGUAAAGUGUGGAAGUUGGAGCCUCAUAAUGAAGACCCACACUAUGUGCCAUAACGCAGGUUCAGGACACUAAAAAAGGGCUGUUGCCAUACCAAAGUUACUAUUAAAAACCACACAAAUGGAAAUGAUGACAAUCAAUUUGUACUCUCUCUCUCCUUCUCUCUCUCUCUCUCUCUCUCUCUCUCUCUCUCUCUCUCUCUCUCUCUCUCUCUCUCUCUUUCUCUCACUCAUGGCAGCUUUUAGUUAAAAAUAUGACUGAAGAUCAUUCUUUUUUUAAUACUAUCCAUCAUUUAAACAACAGAGAUUGUAUCAUUUCAAAGCACCUGAUAUCACAGAUUCACCUGUACUGUAUUCAAAAUGUCGACAACCUUAUUUAAAAACAGUUAUCAGUGGUGCUUCGUGUGCACGAUGGGCUGAACACACAAAAAUAAUUUCUUCACCUAAAUAUGUCAAGUGUUAUUAUUGUGCUGUGAGACAUGUUGUGUUGAUUACAUGCGUUUGAAAUAAACACAAGCUGCUUGUGCCAAAGUACAGAAGAACCUGUGCAACAUGAA